CACAGCACGCAAGGAACCCGUCAACGUCGUCCAGCGAACACCGAUCCGCUCUACGUGAACGGACACCCGCUGGACCAGAUCAAACCCAAGAUUCUCCAGUAUAAUCUGCAGGAGCUGCUGCAGCAGCUCGUCAAGGAAAAGUUCACCGGCGUGUACAUCCGUAACUCGGUUUGCGGUGGUUGUCAUGUCGUUCAGUUCUACGACAUCCGCCAGGCCAUCUCAUAGGCCUUGGAUUCGUUUUAUAAGAAUGAGGCGUCUUUGAAGGCACUCAUUACCAUCCUGACUCAGUACGACCGAAACCAGCUGGUUGCUGACCCGCGUCGUUGCGAACCGAAGAAGUUCGAAGGUCCCGAUGCCGGUGCUCAUUACCAGAAGUCGUACCGUUAAACCCCGGCGUGGCCUCCCCAUUAUGUGUGGGGGAAUUCUUUUCGGUAUCCCCCAUCUGGACACCUGCCAUGGCUUCGGUUCUGGUGGGUUGGUACUGGAUGUCAGUACAUUCUAAGAAUAGGAAAAUCAUUACAAAAAAUGUGAGGAAUAAAAGAAGAAGGAUAAUUCCCCAAAGCUGAAGCGUAACAUACAUAGAUGAAGUGGCAGGAGAUGGAUUCAAAUGCGGACUUUGUUCAUUGAAUAAUCAGGGAAACAACGAACCCCCGAUGUAGACCAAAUUGAAGUACAUCAGUCACUUUACUGAGAUGACAUAUUUCGUGGUAAGCGUGGUUCUCACACCAGUUGACCUGGGUUCGGUCCCAGUCUGCUCGUAGCAUUAUUCGAUAUAAGAUUUGUCUGAUCAUGCCUUCUUGAAACUUUCGGACACAUAGUUUCGCGUAGGAACCUUGCAGUAGAGAACGCCAAGGUAAAUGGUUUAGAGCGAACAAUUGUUUUUUUCAAUUGGUUCCUCGAAUAAAAAAAAUAUGUAGUACGCCGCCAAUAAAUUAAAAUUUUAUUUAACAAAUUACAAAACGAGUGCUUCAACUAAAUAAGGUCGAACCAAAAUGAAUCUCCACUCAUGCUCCCGACGCGGUUCAGGUCUAUCAAGCUGACAGGUAUUAAGCUGACAGGGGCAGAUGAGUCGUGAGUAGGGACGUUCUUCCAACAGCUCCUUGGUACGGUGGGGCGUUUUCAGGGCGGAGUUUUUUAGCAAGUAGGGUUCCUCGCUUGUUGUGGAACCAGUACCGGGGGAGCAUCAGUGACGUCACGAGCAGCUUGUUUUUAGUGGAGGAUGUCGAGCGGAAUCAGCACCGACUGGGACAGCUUCGCUGUUCGGCUCACACCGCUGUUUUAUCUGGUUACAUUGCGAUCGGACCAGGUUCUGCUUUGUCCGGCAGCCGAACGUUGUAGAUGACCUGUCCAACACGCUCGAGCAUUUAACCAAGUUGAUUUCAUUUAUUACAAAUAUGCUACAUAUGAAUUGCCUGAAAAACGCAGAUAAGACCGUUUCGAUCUGCAGGUACGAGGGUUCUAAUAACUUAAAUCUAAAAAUCAGGAUUACCGGAUCAGCAGCUUUAGAUUGCGUGCAGCCGUGGUCACCUGCGUAGAAUGGUCACAGUUAAACCCGACAGUGAUGACCUGACCUUAGAUGCAGGGUUGUUAGGCAUGAACACUUCGACUCUGGUUCUCCUGCUUGCUGCUUGAGCAGGUUGAGCGAUUUCCGGAGUGGUCUGCCCAGGAGUACUUAAGCCGGUGUAUGUGUGGAAGCUUCUGCCUGGCCCGGCCGAGAGCUUCUCCCCUCGCUGUGAUUUUCUUCAGUGCCCUCUUGAAGCCCGUUGGACUGCGGAAUUGAUAUGCACUCUUUCUUCGGUAUUGGCCAAUACUCAAGAGUUGAUAUGUCGUUUGUUUUGGCAACCGAUGCGCAGUCAGUACAGGUGUGGACAAGCUGCGCGGUGCUGUGCAGGCCAAUACGCGUAGUUUCGGACGAUCGUCCUCAUCUUCACGACACCAGGGUGACCCUUGCGCAGCAGUUGGGAGACGCGUUUGUGGAACUACAAAGGGAUGACCGACCGUAAGGAAGACACCCGGAAACUGCAGACAGUCCGCCUCGGUGAUGGUAGAAAUGCUGAAACUGGGAGUCCUUUUUGUUUGACCAGCCUUCAUGUACGUAACUCAUAACUUGCUUGCAAACUGGAUCCGUUUCCGUACCGGUCUCGACUAACUUUAAAGUGAGCGGUAGAACUUCUUAAGACCGGUCGACGAUCUCCUGCAUGGUGUUCCGGUCCGACCUCCGACUAGGAUGUUAUCCAGAUAACCACAGGUUGAGCUCUUGUGGGUGUUGAUGGUGAGAAGGUUCUAGAAAUGGAAAUGUCGGUGAGAAGGUUCUGGAUGUGGAAACGUCACCGCAGAUGCUUAUGGUCCAUUUGGGCUUCCGCACAACGACACCUUCCAUGCUGUAGUCUAAGGGCGCCUCGGUCGGAACACAGAUUUCGGGUUGCCCCGAAGGGAAAGCUUGACUUUGGGAUUGGUGCAGAGUACCAUUGAAUCGAUUAAAUCGAUGGUGUACUUUGCUUGAAGCUGAUCGACGUCGAGGCUGAGGCUGAGGCUGAGCUGGGGCACGAAUUGUUGCAGAACGAGCUGAUGGGAUUCGCCGGAUCAGCGGAUCGUGGGUUGAGGCUCUGGUUUUGAUCCUGAAGUGCGAUAAGACACGAGAACCGUCAUAGAUUCGACUACAGCUCAACGAGCCUGUGUGAAGCGAGUCAUCCAGGAACUUCAGAACCCCGCGAUUCGGAUACUCCGGCAUCACCGGUGGCUCACUCGUGGUUCAUCCACACAACAUCGUGGCCAGAACAAACGAGCAGCGACCAACCGGCAUUGCUGCAUUGUGCAUCCUCCGUACGGGAACCAUGAGCCACACCGAAGACCUGCUCUACAACUACUACCCUGCGUCGGAAACCGAGCAAUUCCACGACACAUCGGGAACGCCCACUUCACACUUCCGUCAACAUACUCGAGUGCGAUAGGGCAGGCACAAAGGGUCAGCGAAGACUACAACGACGUUGGGACGCCGGCGAGUUACAUGUCCACCACCGAGCAGCAGAACGAAACGGCUGAAGGUGCUUCCGGAGAUGAUUUCCUGCCUGAGCGCAUGCCGACCCUGCAGAACAAUAGGGGUUUCAUUUAGACCGCCAAAACCCUCGCUGUCGUCAGCAAACCUCCAACUGUCUAUCGGCUCAGGGUCGUUUGGUACGCCGUCUAGCGAUGGUUCAGCACUGAAUCCGAGGUUGCACUUGCAGUCGGCGAAGGCGUAUCCGGCCAGGGGAAUGCAUUUGUUUUAACUGAAAAUUAAAAAUUACCAGUUUCUAUUAUUUCAACUAAAAUUUAUAACAAAAUCCUGGAUUCCUUCCGGUGGUGGUUGUUCUCCAUUUGUUCCAGUUCCGGGUAUUUUUUUUCACGGUGCCUUGUCCGCUCCUUGGAAUUGAGACGUGCCAGUACGCAAAAAGUUUUUUUUUUCCUGUCAAUGUCAAAAGUUUUGCAAGUUUUCCAAAGACUACUAUGAGUUUUCAAGUAGUCGAGUUCCCUUUUCGAGCAGUUUUAACCUGGUUAUAACUUUUAAAACCAGUUUUAGUUUGACAGAUCGUUGUAUGGGCAAAACCAAAGUUAUAGCCGGUUUUAAGAGUUAUAACCACUUUUGGUCUUAUAACCGGCUAUAACUCGCCCGUGCGAACGGGGUAUAAAUGGUGAAUACAAAGAAAACCUAUUAUGCAUUCCAACUCUAAUUGGAAUCAAAAAGUCGCACUAGAAAACGAAAUAUGAAAUAACAAAUCUUGAUGUUGAAACCUCUAAACUGGGUCCCCGUCCUGUCACGUCCGUCAGUAGUCUUGUCGUACAUUUCACCUAGAAGCAUUUCUGCCAAAACCUUAACUAAACUUAAACUAUCUGAAAUAACUUUAAUCUUAAAUCCCCGAAGUUUUUAUUUAGAAGCUAAACAUUCUUUUACCUUGCCUUUAAACCUGUCUUGCCACUUCCUAAACCAAUAAACAUAAAUUAACAGUUCAUAUUUUACAAGUUAAACAACCGUCGUGAAUGAGAAAUUAGACGACUUAUUUCAUUUCAUUAGGGCACAUAACUCAUGCAAACAAGAAUGUAUCUCUCUCACGCCUUAUGAAAAUUAUCAUUUGAGUGAAAGGGACAUACUCCUGCUCACAAAACCCAUGCGCCCUUUUGAAAUGUUAGGCUCCAUUCGAUCGUCAAAACUCCAGUAGAUCCUCGGUUC